CUCCCUCCUGUUUUUCACAUGAUCUGUAAGCUUUCACAGAGGAGAGAGACAGGAAUGUGGAGAGGAGCGACAACAGCGAUGGCUGAGCGAAGCCUCGGUCCCUCCAAAAUGCGUUUAUUUUACACUGUGAGUGUGACCAUCUGGGUGACACUCAUCCACUGCACCGAUGGAAUUCCCUGGACAGAAGAAAAGCUCCAUCACCGAGCCCUCACUCUAACACGAGCUGAGAUCAGCACGGCUGUGUCUCACACUGACCUGGAGCAGAUGUGGCAGAGGGACCUGAGGCCGCUGCUGGUCACCAGGUACCCCGGCUCUGCAGGCAGCACGGCCGUGCAGGAGCAUAUCAAAACCGUCCUGACUGGCCUGGGGGCGGGCUGGGAGGUGAUGGAGGAUAAGUUCAUGUCACAAACCCCCUACGGCCCCCUGCCCUUCACUAACCUAGUGGCCACCCUCAACUCAUCAGCCACGCGCCAGCUGGUCCUGGCCUGCCACUAUGACUCCAAGUACUACCCCCCCCAGUGGCACGGCAGGGAGUUCCAGGGAGCCACGGACUCUGCUGUUCCCUGCGCCAUGAUGCUGGAGCUGGCCCGAGCCCUGGAUGAGGAACUGAAAGCUCAGAAGAGCUCCAGUGCUGACCUCACCCUGCAGUUGCUCUUCUUUGAUGGCGAAGAGGCUCUUUUCCAGUGGACCCCCACAGACUCCCUUUAUGGCUCCCGGCACCUGGCACAGAAGAUGGAGGCCACCCCCCACCCUGCAGGAGCCACGGACACCAACCAGCUACACGGCAUGGAUCUGUUGGUGUUGUUGGACCUGAUCGGGGGCCCGAGCCCGAGCUUUGGCAACGAGUUCCCCAGCACAUCACACUGGCUCUCUAGGCUGCAGAGCAUCGAAAAGCGUUUACACUCCAUGAACCAGCUUGUGGAUCAUCCUGACAGCGUGCAAUAUUUCUGGCCCAAUAUACCGGUUGGUCACGUUCAAGAUGAUCAUAUACCAUUCCUAAACAGAGGUGUGCGCGUCCUCCAUCUGAUCCCCUCCCCUUUCCCGUCUGUAUGGCACACGUUUGACGACAACGAGCAGAACCUGGAUCGCGCCACCAUUCAGAACCUCAACAAGAUCAUCCAGGUGUUUGUUCUGGAGUACCUCAACGCCAGACCCGCCGUCCCUUCAAACCCACAGAAUGUCCCCUAAAAAGAAAAACAGCAUUACACCUUUGACGUUUCACUGUAGUAAAAUCUUUUAUUCUACAGACUGUAUUUAAUGUUGUUUGAACAGCAACAAUAUGUAUCUCUUCUUGAUCUUGUAAUUUCGACGUUGAAACUCAACUCAUCAGAUGGCUGCCAGCUAUAAAAAGCAUAGAGAAUAUGUUUAGAGAUCUACAUGCACAUAUUUUCAUUUCUUGGUACGAACCUAUUUCGGGGUAUGUGAAAUGUACUUUCUUCCAAAAUAAGACUUCAAGAACCUGACGCUUCAUCUUCCCUUAAGUCCCCAGCAACAACAUCAGUACACAGGAUCUUUUGUGUGUUUCCUUUUACUACACUGCUCUCUUUAUAUCAGCCCCCUCCUUUACACUGUGAUGAGGCAUCUUAGUGUCAAUGCUAAUGUCUGGAUCGUGUGCCUCAAAGAGAAAGAAUAAGAGCAGUGUAGAGGAAAUAAAAGAAAACAAUAAUGUGAACGGUUCAAAUGCUUUGACACCCUUUUUUUUUUUAAAGGC